AUGACGAUCAGCUUCCGCUUCCUGCUUCUAAACGUGGCUGCAUUUUUCCUCAUUUUGUCUUGCCUUGAGGACAUCUGUAAGUCGUUAUGGUGCCAUCGGUUGGGUCAUCGGUGCGAGACCAAGUUCAUGCCCGCUGCUGAGGGGACGACAUGCGGACCGGACAUGUGGUGUCGUAAGGGGCAGUGCGUGAAGUACGGGGAUCACGGGCCCAAGGCGGUACACGGUCAGUGGUCAGGGUGGUCCGAUUGGUCGGAUUGUUCCAGAAGCUGCGGGGGCGGAGUUAUGUAUCGGGAACGCUUUUGUAACAGUCCAAGGCCGCAGCAUAGCGGGCGAUUCUGCCAGGGUUCGAGUCGACUGUACCAACUUUGUAACACCGGGCCGUGCCAGCGAGACGCCGUGGGAUUCCGAGCACAGCAGUGCGCCGAGUACAACGGCAAAGCGUUCCGAGGCUGGUUCUAUAAAUGGAAACCAUACACCAAAGUGGAGGAUGAAGAUAUCUGUAAGCUCUACUGCAUCGCAGAGGACUUUGAUUUCUUCUUUGCGAUGUCCAGCAAGGUGAAGGACGGCACGCGGUGUUCCGACCUCACGCCGGAUGUGUGCAUCGACGGGGUGUGUGAGUCGGUGGGUUGUGACCAUGUUUUGGGCUCCGGCGCGUCUCUGGAUGUCUGCGGUGUGUGUAAAGGAGACAAUUCGACCUGCCGACUCUACAGCGGCCGUUACGACGUCCAGCAUCGAGCCAACGAGUACUAUCCGGUGGUGACAGUUCCUGCAGGAGCUCGAAGUAUCCGUGUUCAGGAGACGGAGAUCUCCAGCGGUUAUCUGGCGGUUCGAGGACAGAAACGCGGCUCUUAUUUCUUGACUUCUGAUUGGACAGUGGACUGGCCGGGAAGAUUCAACUUUGCUGGAACCACGUUCUUGUAUCAGCGCUCGAGUAACCAGCCGGAGAGCCUGUACGCCCCAGGUCCGACCAAUCAGACGCUCGUCUUCGAGAUCCUGGUUCAGGACAAAAACCCUGGAGUGCUGUGGGAAUACACACUUCCUCUAGAGGAAAAAACACACACCUACAAGUGGAGAGUGACCCGAUCAGACUGUUCCGCCUCAUGUGCAGGAGGUCGUGUGUCGGUGAAGGCUGUGUGUGUGCAGGAUGAACAGGUUCAGGUGAUGAACUCCUCGCUGUGUGACUCUCAAAGCAAACCUGCUCUGGCGUCUCAGCUCUGUAACACACAGCCGUGUCCAGCCAGCUGGUCAGUGGGUAAAUGGACUGCAUGUAGUGUAUCGUGUGGAGGAGGACAGCAAAGUCGCACCAUCCGCUGUCUCAGGAAGGUGAUGUACCAGAGGGAGGAGUUAGCUCCGCCUUCCACAUGUACUUCACCUGUUCCAGCUCACACACAGCCCUGCAAUUCACACUCCUGCCCUCCGGAGUGGGGUGCUGGCUCCUGGUCACCGUGCUCGAAGACUUGUGGACGAGGUGUGAAGACACGGAGUGUGUACUGCCACAGCGUCAAUCACCUCUCUGGUGUGUCUGUUCUGCGUGACGGCUUGUGCGAACUCCAGCUGAAGCUCAAAUCUCAGGAGAGCUGCGUGAUGAGCCGCUGCCCGAAAAACGAGCGGCUGCAGUGGAUCACCACGGCCUGGGGAGAGUGCUCUGUUACCUGUGGAGGAGGUGUGAGGAGCCGAGAGCUGCGCUGUGCAGAGAGAGACUCUAAUGGAGGAUUUGCAGAGUUUCCCAUCAGGAGGUGUAGAAAUCUCCAGAAACCCCACAGUGACCUCCAGCAGGCCUGUAAUAAAGCGCAGUGUCCUGACCUGCAGCCCCACCUCCCUCCGCCCGGUCUGGGGAGACCGAACAGUGCCAUGGCGCUCGGCUGGUACUCAUCACCAUGGCAACAGUGUACAGUGUCAUGUGGAGGUGGCGUGCAGAUGCGCAGCGUUCAGUGUCUGAGACACGGUCGACCUUCAUCAGGAUGUUUAACACACCACAGACCUGUCAGCUCCAGAGCCUGUAACACACACUUCUGUCCUCCACCAGGACCUGCUCUCAAAGGAGAGAAGUCAUGUGCUGAUUACUUCACCUGGUGUCACCUGGUUCCUCAACAUGGUGUGUGUAACCACAGGUUCUACAGCGAGCAGUGCUGCAGGUCGUGUUCUAUCAAGAAACCGUAGAGCCGACGAUUUUCCCACGAGCACCUUCUCAGACUCCAACCACCCUACAGAUUCCCAAAACUGGAUUUAGGGUGGAAAAGAAAAUGGACAAAAGAGAGAUGGACAAAAAGAAAGCAAGAGGCAUGGAGGCCUGGUUCUUCCUGAAGUACUUGAUGGGCAAAACACUUUGGAGAACUCUGUGUUUCUGCUAAAACUGUGGAGAAGACAUUUGGUGCAGGAUGUUAUGUUAUUCCUGUGAACUGAUUUUAUUUUAUUUUGUGUUCAGUUUAUAUUUUUAUGCAUAAAUUACUCAAUUCCUGAGAAGUUUAUUUUUACACGAGGAUGUACCGAGCUGAUACUGACUGCAAUGCUCUUUGAUCUGGUGCAUACUAUUUUCUGGUUAAAAAAAUAUAGAAAUUUACUAAACGGUAGGAAAAAUAGCGUAUGGCGCUUAGAUCAAACCACGAACUAGCCUUUAUUUUCAUUUCUUCCUCUUCAUGUACUGCCUAGAAUUAUAGCUUAGCUACGGUAGCUAACGUACCUAAACAUUAACAUUGGUAGCAGUUUCAUCUUGUAACAUUUUAUUCAGGGGAAGAAUUGAUUUCACUGUAAACACCUUUAUUUUGCUAGCGGACAUGCGAUAAAGUUAUUAACACGCGUUAUAAAAUGUUAGCCGGACUAAACGUGUACCUCGACAGUGAUCCGCCUGAUCGGUUAGCGAACGUUAGAGUUACAUGUCCAUGAUUUGUAAAGUAAGCUAAUGAAGCAGCUGUAUAUAAGCGAAUUGCGAGCUAGCUAGCUUUCAGUAAACAAUUUUUUACAUAAUUACAUAAUCAGAAUCAUUUUAUUGAUAGCAAGCUAAUUAACAUGAGGCUAAAUGUUGUAUUCUGUGAGUAUCAAAGCCUAGCACUAGCAUGCUAGCUAAUAUGAGAUCAAGUAUUAUAUUGAAGUUUAGAGGAAAGCUAAGAAACAUUCAGUAAGUUAUUAUGAUGUUUAUGAUUGUUUGAUAUGAUUUUUUUUUUAUUUGCUAUGAGAGAAAAACAGCAAAAAGGAUCUCACACACACUCACUCACACACACACACACACACACACACACACACACACACACACACACACACACACACACACACUUCCUUUGUUCUUUAAUAAAAUGGAAGAAGGUUGGUUAUUAGCUCUGUAUCAGCUUAUCUGAUUAGCGAGCAUCCUACGUUCACACUCGCUAUGUGAAAAGUCGUUGCGCUGCUUGUAGCUACUGUUCCUGUUGUCACUUUUCUGCAUGGCCUCUCUGGCUUUUUUUUUAGUUCCUGUAAGCAACAGAAGUAGCUACAAAUAGCUUCUAAAGUGAAACCAUUCCAAAUAAACAGCA